AUGAUCAUAGACCUGGCUACUCAGAGACACAUCGACAGGGAAUCCGUUUUCUUCUACAUUUGCGUCAUUAUUGUUGGAUGCUCGGCAGUUUGGGGAUGCGUUGCUUACACCAUUUUUUGCAUUUGGUAUCACAUGAUUAAACACAAAUACCUUUUCGAUUUCGGAUAUCACGAUGACAAUCAAAAAGCGAUGAUAAAGAAGCAGGCCAAGCUAAUAGAAAAAGAACCAGGAAAAGUCCUAGCUCAUCCUCGGGCGGCAGUAGUGAUUCCCCUAACCCCUCAUAUUGGAAUGAAGAGAAAGUUCGAGAACGGAAACGACAUGGCGAAAAAACUCGAGGGAGAUGUAGACGGCGGUUUUGAGCGAUCAGAAAUGGUUGCUUGA